AGUCCUCUUGAAUGAUUUCAAACCCGAGUGUUUGGACCAGGAGGGGGUCUGUUGCUCAAGGCUCGAGUUCUCCGUCGGUACCGAGCAGCGCUGCUACGACACAUUCCGUUGACGCGACGUUUCACCUCUUCGCGUGAAGGGAGCGAUGUCCAGAGGAGUCGGCGCCCAUUGCGAUGGGACCAGGACCUGAUAGACCCGGUAAUCGAUUUAAAACCCAGAACUUCCUUUAUUGACGGGAUUUGAGUACCAGCGGUUGUUUUCCGAAAUACGUUCAGGCUUUAACCUUAAAACGGUAGUGAGAACAUUCAGUUCACGCACGGUUUUCCAUAGCAUCAUAUUCAUAUUGUUUUUUCAUUACCGGCCCGUUGAAGAGGUGAGCAUCCCGAUACCUAAAUAUUGUGGACAAUGUACUUAUUUUUAUACAAUCCCGCAGCUCAGGCUUGGAUACAUUAGAUUAUAGCGUUAUUUUCAAGUCACCGUUUUCCACCAACUGAGACUCGCAGCCUCAUCAUGGCUAAGAAUGCGUCCGAGGGACCAAAGGAAGACCCGAGCCAGUUCACGGACGACGAGGCGCUGCGAUGCAGCAAAGAGGAGCUGGUGCGGAGAUUACGGAGGGUGGACAGCGAGAAAAUGAACGUGAUGAUCGAGCACGGCAACAUGAUGAAAGACAUCAACCGGCGGCUGCAGAUGCACCUGCACGAGAUCCGCAACCUGAAGGAGAUCAACCAGAAGCUGCAGGACGACAACCAUGAGCUCCGGGAGCUCUGCUGCUUCCUGGACGACGACCGCCAGAAGGGCAAGAAGCUGUCCCGCGAGUGGCAACGCUUUGGCCGUCACACUGCCAGUGCCAUGUGGAAGGAGGUGGGCACCUACAUGAUGAAGCUGAAGGAGCUGGAGGCCAACCAGGACACCGUGCUGAGGGAGAACUCUGAGCUCAAGGAGAUCAUCCUCAUGCUGGAUGAGGAGAGGAACGGAGCGGGUUCCAGGAGCUCCAUAGACAGUCAGUCAAGUUUAACCAACCUGAACGGUGGCACGGGCACGGUCAGGGAUGUUGGAGACGGGAGUAGCACGUCCAGCGCAGGCAGUGCUGGUAGCCCCGAUCACCACAACCACCUACACAAGCCCACCUCAGAGAACAGUAAGUUGGGCACCACUAUGAGGAGGUCCAUGGAUGACCUGUCAGCACCGCACCAUCACAGGAGCAUCCCCAAUGGAAUUAAUGAUUCUUCCUACAACUACAUCAGGCAGCUGGAGACUAAAGUGCGGAUCCUCGAGGAUGAUAACAAUAAGAUUCUCUCACAGGCUUAUAGCCGGAAUAGUUUAUCACAGAUAGAGACGAAAAAGCAGUCCAACCCAGGUGACCUUCGGGCCCUGAGGAAGGGAACGACCCUCUAUCACUCAGAGUCCCAGCUGUCCUCACUGCCCCAACGCCAGGAUGCCAUGCACACGGGUACUGGCCGUCUCCCAACCAGCGAGUCCUCUCCUGCCACAGGCUACCUGUCCUGCGUCCAGAAGCCCGAGGCCGUGGUGCACGCCAUGAAGGUGCUGGAGGUCCAUGAGAACUUGGACAAGCAGCUUCCUGAGGACUAUGAGGACGAUCUCAGUGAGAAAGAGAAGGCCAUUGUGCGAGAGAUGUGCAACGUGGUGUGGAGAAAGCUGGGUGAUGCAGCAGGAUCAAAGCUGUCCAUCAGACAGCACCUCUCUGGGAACCAGUUCAAAGGGCCACUGUAGCCUGGCAACCAGAGAGGAGGAGGAGAGGGAGAGAUCAGAAUUUACAGUACCUACGCUCACCUGAAAAAACCUCUUGUACCUGCGCCUACACAACCCAUCAUGCUGUGCUCUCCUACUGCCUACAGCACCCAGUAUUCCUUCAACAAACACUCUUAAUACGGGCUAAGAAGGCUCCUAAAUGGACGUGUUAGUCUUCACAUGCAAAACUUUAUGUGUAACAUGUUUUUAUCUCUCAGCGGUUGUGAAGCGUUGACAACUGGCAGCUAGUUUCACUGAUUCUCCACUUUCCUUCGUUGCUUUUGAGGCUUUCAGCUACACAAUGAGCUCCUUCUGUAAACGCUAUAAUCACACACCACCUUUAGCUCUUUGGAGCAUAGCUGUGCUCCAUUAAGCUAACGAUAUGACAUGGUUUCAAGCACAGACCCGAUAGGGCUGAUCUCAGCAUGUUGCUGGUGGAUAUGAAGGUGGUAUCUUCAGAUAAGUUUUGAUAGGACCUCCUAUAGAGACCCUAGCUCCUGUCACAUGUAUCUCCCCAUAGUGCCCAACGAGUAUGACUAGCAUUAGCAUUCUAAAGUGAUAACUAAUGUGAAAGCCACUGUGACCUAGCGCCUUCUGCUCAUAAGACAAGUCUAUGGAUAAUUAAGUCUAGAGAUCACUGUUAACUUGUGUAUAUUAUGUAUAAAAACCAUAGCAUUACUUCAUUGUUAUAGUUGAUUUUACUUUGAUCUAUUUUGUAUUCUAGCGUGGCCAUGUGAUCAAUUACUUAGUUUGAAAAACAUCGUCUUUUUUUCUUUUCUUCAGAUGUAUUGAUAUUAUUCCUUCUCUCUGUAACCUCUGAACAUGUUCAAGGCCAUUCUGAAUCAAACCAUCUCCAUGGGCUAAUGGAUAGAUAAUGUUCUUACUUUGUGGAACUGACUAAAAUUGUAUGCUGUGUGCAUGCUCGACAAUCAUUUUCUCAGGUUGAGAGGGCUACAGCUUUACCUUUGCCCAUCUGUGAGUGAGUGAGUGAGUGAGUGAGUGAGUGAGUGAGUGAGUGAGUGGAAGGAAACUGAAUGGUUCUCUUGCAGCUGUAGCAUCUACCUGUGAAUCCUCUUUUUCUCUAUUGAACCCUGGUUACAACUCAGUUGAAGACUGCUGAAGGCAUUUGCUGAAUCCAUACAUAAAGCCUUGUCCCAUUACAAAAAUGUCAAGGUCAACUAUUAAACCCUAAGUUCAGUUAAUAUGGCAUUCUUGGAUGCUUCUAAUUGUGUUUAUCAUUUUAUACCUCAGUUGAUCAAGAAAGUUACUUUUCUUAAGCGCAGUACUUUUCUGUGGAUUCAGCAGGUGUGUUCAUGCAGCGCAUGUUUCUUAAAGUGUAAUCUUUUUCUUAGAAUAUGAGAGCUUGACGAAGUCUUCCCUUAUGUCUUUUCUGAAACACUGAACCAUUAAAAAAAAUGAGUAUUUCUUGAUGUCAGAAUGAACAAA